AGUGUCACACUGCACUCGUCUGAAGGGAUUUUCACCUUGUACCCACGUAACCAGUCAAUCCUGGGGUCGUUUUGUAGAGUGGCCAAUUACUCCCAAUGAUGUAAUUGUUAUUAUUAGCCUCGGAAUUUCCAUGGCCAGCUUACAUGUGUAUGAUAUUGCUUCAGAGACCGGUCAAUGUAUUUAAGCAUGGAGGAAGGAACACAUGAUUUAAGCUACGGUGCACAUUGAUACGACAAUAGUGAGCUUUUGUUUUAGAUGACGGAUGGAACUACGACGGUGAAAAUAUUUAUAAGGCAACGCAUUAAAACAAGGUAAACACUUCGGCCUAGUACACAGACGUACGUACGACCUGGAGUAGCUAGAAUUGUGUGCUUUACACGCCACCUGCUGCUCCCCUUUGUAGGAGAAAACUGUAACGAAGAAAGAUGCAAAUGAUGGCUGUUGUCACGCUGGCCCUGCUAAGUCUGUUAUUGACCGGGCAAUCUGCAACAGGGAGAGCAACAAUCCCAAUUGUCUCUCCACAAGAUGCCUGUUACUCCACUUGGGAUAGCGGUAGCCACCAAUUCAAGUGGAAAACCAAGAACGCAGAGCCUAAUGAGACACUUCAAGUUUCUUGCUACGGGUAUCUGCCAAACGGAACGCAGGUUGAAGUGAACAAUUUGGAGGGACUUGAUAGCUACAGAGACUGUGACUCAGAGAAAUGUGAGUUGGUGACCACCCUAACAAUGCAGUACCAGUAUGUAACUGCCAAGCACAUCAGUUACUGUGACAGCUAUGUCAUGAAGGAUGGCGAAGUAACAAGACAAGGCGGAGAAGACUCCAGGGUAGACAUUUUGAUCCAAGAUGACUCUUUGCUCUCUGAAGAUGUCAAAAUGAUCGAUCCUGGCCAGAGGGGGUUUGAAAUAAGAUUCAACUUGAAGUGUGGAGGAUCCUUCAAGGUUUUCAAAAUCUCUAACAGUGGAGAAAGGAUACCCUUCAAUGACUGUUCUGAAGUCAGCAUUGAAAAUCGAGGCUUGGAACCUUGCAUCCGGUUUAUGGCUGGCCGUAGACUGAUGCCGGAACUGUACUUCCCAGCACCAAGCUGUCAUGAUGUGGGGCCCUAUCUCAUCAUUCAUCAGGAUAGCAGAAACUUCAAGCCACAAGAGACAACUCUAAAUUUCUGGAUAAAAACCAAUGAUGCAUCCUGCUCAAAUGAAGUCCCCCAAACCACGGAAAGUCCUACUGCAGGAGAAGGUGUUGAAAAUCAAACGCAUUUUGGGGGGACUGCAGCUCCUAACAGCAGUGACAACAUGGGUUACACGGUGGCUCUGGCAGCAGUAUGUGUCAUCUUGGGGAUGGUUGUCUUUGCUCUGGUUUGCUUUUGGUUGAUCAAGAAAAGGAAAAGAUCUGUAGUGAGAUGUUGUGGAAAUGUUCCUAAAAAUAAUGACAAGGAUCCAGAGACCCAAGUACAAAUGGUUCCACCCGUGGCCAGUGUUCUGAUUUCGCAUCAUGAGGGAGCACAGGGAGUUAGCUAGAGACUGCCUUGAAACUGAAAACAUCGAUGGGAAACACUAGCGCAAUCAAGCUCCCUGGAAGAAGCUUUUCACAAGGCAUGCUUGGGUUGGCGAGUAUUGAUGUCUGCCAGAACUAGGGGUUGGUUUUUGAUAGUGAUAUCUAUCACCCCAUUUAAAAAGUUCAGAAUGCUGCAACAUCUACAGCAAAUCCCUUCCAUGCAGGUCUGAGUACAAUGUCAACUCAGGUACUCAUGUAGCCAUGCUAUGACAUUUUUGUUAUCGCUUUUCACCAUGGUCACACUCGUAAUUUGAGAGUUGCCAGCUAAAAGGUUUCAGCAGAGAAUGUCCAAAAUGUAUAAUUAAUUGGCGAGUGACCCUUUUCCAAUAGCUGGAAAGAUGAGAAGAUGGAUGAAGCUUGUGCUGUAAUCCUGCGCAGCAAAUUAAACUAAACCAUAGCACUCAGAUGCAGUGUUGUGAAAGCCAGAAAGAUUUAAGGAUUAUCAUGCCCAAACUGUAAAAUACCAUGAAUAAAAAUCUAAGGGAAGAUAUCAACGUGAGGAAAAUAUUGAUAUUGUGAUUGACUUCGUUAUUUUCUGCUUUCUUAGUACAAAGAAUGACUAAAGAAUGACUUUGUAAAGGUUGGACGCUCUGUGGCAGCCCCGUUCAGGUUUACACUGAAUUGCAUAUAUGUGCAACGACAAGUGUACUUUCUGUUUCGCUAUAUCAGGGGUCUCUGCAAAUCCUUUAUAACCCAUGAGCUUUCCUGACAUUGCCAGCAACAGUUUGUCUUUUCACCUGUUCUUAAGAGAUUAAUGGUAGGAAACAACCUUUGGGGAUAUCUGUUUAUCUAUGUUUUCAAAUAACUGUAAUGUCUUUCAUUUUGUGUUUUAUGCAGGUAAAGGGAAUCAUUACCUUAUAAAAAGAAAAGCCACAUGUGACAAUGUAUAUUUUGAUUGUUUUUACAUUUCGGGAAGAAGUGAUAUAAAAUAUUCUCUUUCAUUCACUUUUUGAUGUAAAUUCGGUAGAGAAUUUUCAAUUCUUUCUUCCUUUAAAAGUUGUAAGUUGUACUUAAUAAGUUCUUUAACAGUCUAGAUAACAAUACCACUGUAAUUCUGCAAAAGUCUUUCCUUGAGACUUUUCCAUUUGCUUGCAAGAUUAAGAAUGUAAAUAACUCAUGUGAUAAAUAGAAUUUAUAAUAAAUAACUUUUAAAGUACCAUGUACAAUAGGGUGUAGUGAAUUUAAAAAAAGUUUGAAUUUUAAGUUCUGAAAAGGCUAGAAUGAUGUUCUGGCGAUGUUUUAAGACCUACCAUAUUGAAAAACAAAUUUCAAAAAAACUGUGCCCAACCUAAAAAUGGAUUGAAACUUCUCCCCAAAAGUACUGAGUAAUGGUGAACCAGCUUUUGGUUUUUUUCAAAAGGUUUUUCAGCUCUGGUUUCUUUCUUUUUUUUGACUGUGCAGUUUUCUCUGGUUUUUCUUUUUUUUUGUACAAAGGAAGCUCUAAAACCUCCCACUUUUCUGUGUGCAAAGCUCAAAGCUGUUCCUUUAAUGUUUUCCUCCUAAUAAUUGUUCACUGAAUGACUGUGAUCAUGUAGUAUGACCAAUCGUAUAGGUAGUUCUGUGCUGUGUUACAUGUAUAUGUUUGCAGUGGUCUCCUUUAGGAACAUCUCAAGGUGAUAGAGAGCACCUGCCGGCCAUCCAACAUUGAUCUUAAGGCCAUCUCUAGCCAUUAUUUUGUUCUGUAUAAAGUUAUUUGAAAGUAGAAACUUGUAGAUUGUCUUGGUAACAUGCUGUCAGUGAUGUCCACCAUGCUGCAGAUAUCCAGAAAUUUUUAAGGAUUGGGCUCAUACUCCUUGAAUCUCAUAAUUUUUGACCUGACAGCAUCAGAUAUAUGGCUGAAGUUUACUCUAUAUUUGUACCAAUUCCUAAUGUUCUUUGCAACUGCAUCAGCAUUGGAUGUUUUUAUUGAAGCACACUGCCCAAUCACGAUCCCUUCAGUCGCCACUUGGGGGAAAAAUCUCACUCAUCAAAAAGUUUAUCUGUCGGGAACAUUUCAAUUCACCAGAGCUCAGUUUUGUUUAUUUUAAACUCAGUACUCUAGUCUAUGAAAAGCAAGAGACUUUGUAGCAGAUCUGGUUCUCUUCAAAAGGAACCAUCAUGAUGAGUACAACCAGUAAUAAUUACUUUGCAAUCUCUUUAGUUUCUGAAGAGCACAUGUGUAGAUUGCAUGUACCGAUAUACUCUUGUGCAGUCUUAAAUGUAAUACUAAAGGCCAUAUGCCCAGGCUACUGACCACAAAACAUCUGAUUCAACCUUAGCAGGAUUCUUUGGGAUUGUUUAUGCGAAGGACUGGCAGUACAUGUCCAUAUACUUCUAAACGGAACACAUGGACUCGACAUGUAGAAAACUUCCCAAAAUGGCACAUCUGUGUUUAACCCAGCUCUUUGGAAAUUAAGCCCGGGGACCUAUAUCUAUGCAAAUUUGAUACCUCAAUUAGUAAAUGACAGAUAAGAUGGCUUACAUACCAACAAAUGAGGAAAGUGUACAAUGUGACCAGAAUGCAAUCAAGUGCAAUUCACCAUGACUCAGCACUUUUGGGGAGAAAUUCCAACCAUGUUGGGCAAAGUCUUUUGAAUUUCUUUUUUUCAAUAUGGUAGGUCUUAAAUAUUGCCAGAACAUCAUUCUAGCCUAUGCAGAACUUAAAAUUCAGAUUUUUUUGAAAUUCACCACACCCUAAUGUACAAAGGAAGCAAAAUACAGUCGACAAAAACAGCCUUAAAGUAAACAAGACCAAGUAAAUACUUUGCUUUGCAUGUAAAAUGACAUAUAACUGUAAAUCACAUUGACAAUGUUAAUAUGAACUCCACAUGGUAACUGAAUGUCUUAGAUGUUAACUCAGAGAUUCAUUUUUAUGAAGCAUUGUUACUUGAUAUUCUUGGUCACUUUAUUUUCAAGGUAAUUUGGUGUUGAAGUUAAAUUAAUUUCAUAACGAAUUCAUGUUUUAAAAAGUCAUUUUAACUUCCCAAGGCACUUGCCCUGUUACCAAACACCAACCCUUAAGAAUCCAUUGUCAGCACCUAAAACACACCACAGGCGUGGAUUACACCAUUAUGGGCCCAAACAAACCAUACAACAAAUAUGACUAGAUGCUAGGUGUUUUUUAGGGUAGUUAUAAAAGCAACCAAUUCAACCGGCGCAAUGUUUUGAAACUGUAACUAUUGCACAAGCAUCCUAUACUGCCCUAAUCAUGAUAAAUCGUCACAUUGCAUUUCAUGUAUAAAACAGCCGAAGUCUUCCAUGUAAGUCUACUUGCAGACACAGGGAUCAGGGAUCUUUUUUGCCCUUUGCAGAGUCAAGAAUAAUUGUAACAAAGUCACAAUUUAUCUGGUCUGUUAUGAUAGUUUUGUGUCUCCUUUAAACACCAAAGUAUUAACCUAAGAAUUUUGUUUUAAAGGGAAAUGCUGGAAAACCGGUUAGCUGGAAGUGUUUUUGCUUCCAAUUCCUUUAAGUACGGCAAUAUUCCCCCCUAGGGGGAGGCAACACACACAUUGCACAUCUUAAUAGAGCUCUAUUUUGAUCAGUUUCAAAAAAAUGAAAGUAGAAAUAAUCAGAAGUACCAAUACCAUUUAGUUCUAAUUGCACUUUUUGAAAAACUCAUUUUUGUUUGUAGCAGUGUUACAUUUUUCCAUUUUAGCUUGGAGUUGCCUUGCAAUCAAGUUGAAAGUUGAAUAGAAUUUGUAUAAGAGCUUCCAGGCCCUUUUCCCUUUUCCAGAUAUAAGUACAAUCGAUCACAACAAAGCUUUGCAAAAUUUUUAUGAUUUGUUCUCUUUUAGCUUACUGUAUUAAACCAGUUGAUAGUACUUUUAAUAUUGUCAAAUAAAGGCUUGUCAAAGAAAUACUCAGGAAGGCAAUGAGUUUAACCACUAACCAAUUCCAAUGUAUUUUUUUCAAGUGGUAUUCAGUAUAGCUUUGUAUACUAUGUAUUGAAUUGUUGAUGUUAUACAAAAUGGUUGUCACUUUUUGUCCAUAAUAGUUUUAACUGGUCGUUUUAAGUGUAUGAUUGUAUGUGUGUUGUUUCUUAUUUGUUUGCUUGUUUUUGUUCUAGUUUGUUAAUUUGUUAACUAUAGAAACAUGGAGAACAACCAAACAAUAAUUUAGUUUGCUUUUUGCUUUAGUUUCCAGGGGCUCCAUUUAUGUUUUUGUGUUGUCUCUUUUAUCUCUUCGCGUAUAAAUCUACUUGUACAGUAUAAAUUGUGCUGUUUGAAUGUCUGUCUGAUUGUCUGAUUGAUGUUCAUUCUUAACAAUUUCAUUCCUCAUUGUGCAAGAUGUAGUGAUGUAUAUAUGCUGAAUGGUCUUUUAUAUUUUUCUAAACGUUUUGAAUAUAAAUUUAAAGUAUUUUACCCAGCAAAUGAUGAAUGAAAAUAAAAUGCUCCAGUGUGUAUUCUUACAAGUAUAA